AUGAUAUUCUCUUAUGGAUUAAUUUUCAUCAUUUUUAUCAACCUAAUUAAUUUAAUAGCCGAAAGAAUAAAUAAUAUCCCUUCAUUGUUUAGACAUAAAAGAGAACAACAAUCCCUUACAUAUCCACCAAUUUAUCAUAUUUGUGGAAAUUUUCCAAAUUUUAUUUAUUCUUUAUUACCCUGUCAAGUUUGUCGAAAUGGUGGGCGUUCACUAAACCUACCAUGUACAUCCCCAAUUCAAUGUGUUAUUUACUACACACAAGGAGCAACAGAAUGUAUAGACAGUCAAUGUUGCACGGCUAUUUCUUCUCUAGAAACAUUAAAUGUUCAACCCUCCAUACAAUUUGAACAACAAAAUGGACAACAACAAAAUAAUCUAAUUGAAGAACAAACUGAAGGUUCUUUGUUAAGGGAGGAUUUUUAAAUUCUAGCUUAAGGUUAUUGCCCAAAUAAUGAGCGCUCCAAAACUCGUUGCAGGUUAGCGUGAUUGUUGUGAAAUUCUUUAAAAUGUGUUUUAAUGGUAGACGAGGCUUGAGGCAUUUCUUGAGUUAAUCCACUUGGUCCAUCCCAGAAUGUCAAUCCCUUAGAGGUCAACUCCUUUUGGAGAGAACUUC